GUCAGCAUCUAUGUAGAUGUUCUUUCCUCCUUUUGUGCAACACCCCUUCCCUCCUACAGACCACCCAAAGCCCUAUAAAUAAUCCAAGGACUGUAUUUUUCCUCCAGAUUUCUCUUCAGACCUCAAAGGGAAAAUAUCAGGCAAAGGAAGGGAGAGAGGGAGAGAGGGAGAAGGGAAAGUGAGAAGGGGAGAGAGAGAGAGAAAGAGGAAAGAUGGCUAGUGAAUUCAGAAAGAAAAUAUUCUGGAGGGCAGUGGUGGCUGAGUUCCUGGCCAUGAGCCUUUUCAUUUUUAUCAGCAUUGGCUCGGCUCUGGGCUUCAACUUCCCCGUGGUGGCCAACAAAACAUCAACGAGGUCUCAGGACAACGUGAAGGUUUCUCUGGCUUUUGGGUUAUCCAUCGCUACCAUGGCGCAGAGCGUGGGCCACAUCAGUGGGGCGCACCUGAACCCAGCUGUCACCCUGGGGCUGCUGCUCAGCUGCCAGAUCAGCAUCUUCAAGGCUCUCAUGUACAUCCUCGCCCAGUGCCUGGGGGCAGUGGUGGCCACAGCCAUUCUCUCGGGAGUCACCUCCUCUCUCCCAGGAAACUCCCUGGGGCUUAAUGCUCUUUCAGAGGGAAUCAAUGCAGGCCAAGGGCUGGGAAUUGAAAUCAUUGCCACCUUCCAGCUGGUGCUGUGCGUCCUGGCCACCACAGACCGGAGAAGGAACGACGUCUCGGGAUCAGCACCUUUGGCCAUUGGUCUCUCCGUUGCCUUGGGCCAUCUUCUUGCUAUUGAUUACACCGGCUGUGGAAUUAACCCAGCCAGAUCUUUCGGCUCCGCGCUCAUCGCCAACAACUUUGAAAAUCACUGGAUUUUCUGGGUGGGCCCAAUCAUUGGAGGAGCGAGCGCUGCCCUGAUUUACGACUUCAUCCUGGCACCCAGAACCAGCGACCUCACCGACCGCAUGAAGGUGUGGACCAGUGGCCAAGUAGAAGAGUAUGACCUGGAAGGGGAUGACAUGAACUCCCGGGUUGAAAUGAAGCCAAAAUAAAGAAGGGCAUGGAGAGAGGGGGAAAAAAAAAGAAAAAAAAAAAAAAAAAAAAAAAGCAGCACAUUGGUUUCCGAAGAUUUUAUCAGUGUUAUAGACUCUUUGUAAACCAGCAAGCAGUACUUUGUUUUUUGUAAUUCAAUACAGUUUUCCUUUUUUUUUUUACCCCUGAUCCUAAUAGCAUUUUUUAUAUCUGGGGUUUUUCAAUUACAGUCUUUAGAUUGAGAAGUCAUGACCUAAACAAAUUGGCGUGAAGUUUAUUUAGGUCACCUUUGCAUGACCUAAAUAACUGAAAUGUAACCCUUCCCUUGGUACCACCCAAUUUUGAGGUGUAUUUAGCAUGGGGGGGUUCUCCCACCACAUCACUCAGUAAUGAUAAAUAGUUCCAAUGACCAGUUUGUUUCCUGAAAGAAUAGUUAUUGAGGACAGAGAAUCAUCUGUACCAAUAAUGGAGGCCUUACACUUGAAAAAACAGUAUUUAUACAAAAAUGCAAGGCUGGCAUCUAAUGCCAGCAAUGAAUGGGGAAAAAAAAAGUCUUAAAUCAGUGUCCGAAAGCAUCUUUUGGAAGGAAAGGUUACUAAAGAUUAGUUGGUAUGUAAAAUUACCCACAACUUCCUAAAUGAUUGAUCAUCUUUGAGAAAGUGGGCCAGAAAAGCUAGGCAGGGUAAGAAUUUCCAGAGUCACAGGAUCGUUCAGACUUUCUAGUGUUUCAUUCUCCCUGCACCUACAUCCAGCUGCUUGUGAGGGGAGAAUAUAGGUGACAAAAAGAUGUAGGUAUAUUAACUCCUGGGAAAUAAUAACUAGAAUUCAAACUGGAGAGUAGCAACAAUGGCAACAAGAGUGACGUGGUGCCAAUGUGUAAACAGGAUCUGAUGGCUCCUGCGAGUACUUUGCUUUUGUUCACCUUGUGAAAUUCAUCAUGUGAUUUAAAGCAAAACAAAGAGAAAAGAAGUCCCCUUUCUCUCUGACCCUAUUCCAAUAGCCAGCGGUGUGACAUUCAGGGACCACAAACAGAUGAACACACGGUAUAUUUUCUAACGAGGGACAAAUAAAUACCUGUAAGUCCAUUUUGGGGGUGGUUGCUUUGGUUUUUAUAUAUAUAUAUAUAUAUAUAUAUAAAUGUUUAUAUAUAUGUUUUAUACAGAAAGCCUAGUGUACUGUUUUGUAAGAAAAUAACAGCAUAAGCGGAAAGAAUUGCAGCAGUGCUUAGCGAAAUAAACAACACUGGAAACGAGAAAGAAAAUUAACACUCUAAAUGACAUGGAAGAUUAUUUUCUGUUUAAAUUUCUCUCUGUGUGUGCUACUUAUGAUUUCCUGAGUAACUCAAAGCAUUAGCUGGUCUUACCUACUAACUAUAGAAUAUAGUUAAAGCAGACACGUGCUGAUAAACUUGUUCUGCACUAAACAAUUUUCAGUAACGAAGCCCAGAGGAACUGAUGGAAUAUCAGCACACUCCAGCAUUCAGCAAAACCCCCCAGAGGUAAUUGGAUGGAUUCUCCUCUCUGAGAGACAGUGUGGGGCUGGGAGGUGAGGUAGGAUUGGCAUAGGAAUCUGUAUGGGUUGGACCAUUUAAUCAACUUGAGCAGAUGGAAAAUGAAAAAAGAAUAAAAAUGAAAAUCACCAGCAAACUAAACCAGAAUAUAUUUUAUCUUUCUUGUCUACAUUUGGUGUGCUAUCCCAUGUAUUGCCUAUGUACAUAGAGCAUGAUUGGAUUUUGGGGUGGUUUAAAAAUAAACAAAAUCAGUUGUGCUAACA